AUGGUAAUGAAAAAACUUAAAGGAUUACAAAAACAAAAUACAUUUAUGCCAUCUAUGUGGAUUUAUCAAACAAUUCUUCGUCGUCUGGUUGAUGAAAUCGAUUCAGUUGGAUUAGAACGUUUACGUAAAACAGCUCAAACACAAUUAGCUCAACAAUAUGUACCAACUUUAUGUUCAUUAAUACCAUUCUUAGAAGUGAAUUCGAAUCAAGAGUAUUUAGUAAAAUGGAUUCAAGAACUAGCAAAAGGUGGUUCGAUGAGUGAAUAUCGUUGGAAUUCUGGUUCAACUUUCAAUGGUAAACAAUGGGAGGAUCAUUUACCAACCGAUGCGAUGCUGCUAUUGUAAUGCAUUUGAUGGCAACUUACUUGGAUACAAAAUUGGUUCCAUUACCACAUCAACCAGAUGCAAGACCAUUUAGUACAAGACAUCUAUGUAAAGGAUCAUCUGUUGGUGUAGUUGGAGGUGUAGAAGGAGGAUCCAA